ACCAGCACCCGUUCCAGAUAUUACUCACGACUUGAAUGACAUCACGAACAAAAACAACACAGGAUCACAAGAGAAAAAGUCAUUUUAUAUCUUCUUUUGACAAACUAGGGUUCUAGAAUCAUAAACAGAGAAAAUGGACAAACAUUUAUUUAAUCUAAAAUUUGCUGCCAAAGAUCUUGAAAGAAAUGCCAAAAAAUGUGAAAAGUCAGAAAGAGAAGAAAAAGGAAAGUUGAAAAAGGCAAUUCAAAAAGGUAACACAGAAGGUGCCAAAAUACAUGCUGAAAGUGCUAUACGACAAAAGAACCAGGCACUAAAUUAUCGUAGAAUGAGUGCCAGAAUUGAUGCUGUAGCUGCUAGAGUCCAGACUGCUUUAACCACAAAACAGGUUACAGGAUCUAUGGCAGGUGUUGUGAAGUCUAUGGAAUCUGCAAUGAAAUCAAUGAAUUUAGAAAAGGUAUCACAGUUAAUGGACAGGUUUGAAACACAGUUUGAGAACUUAGAUGUCCAAUCUCAAGUAAUGGAGAACACCAUGUGUAAUUCAUCAACAUUAACCACACCACAAGGAGAGGUUGAUAACUUAAUGCAACAAGUAGCAGAUGAAGCAGGACUUGAAUUAAAUAUGGACCUACCGUCAGCUCAGGGGUCAGCGAUCGGGACUGCAUCAUCAACACAAGCAUCAUCAGAACAGGAUGAAUUAUCACACAGGCUGGCAAAAUUACGGCAGAUGUGAAGAUAUUUUGAAAAUAGGAACAUGGAUAAUUAUAGCGCAUUAUAUUACAUUUCUAGCAAAAGAUCAAAACUGUGAAUUCCAUAGACACUGAUUUUCUGAUUCAUACACAAAUUAUUGCAUGAUAAGAAUAUAACUAAGGACUUAACUAGGCAUGUUAUAAAGUGUGAAUAUUCUAAGGAUCCAGGAAAAGAUGUAUUGUUAUUCAAUAAUUUGUAAAACCAAAUAUAUGAAAAUAUCAUUCUGCAAAGAUAGUGUUAUUGAAUUUUCUUCUUUUCACAUUGACUUAAGACAAUAUAAUAUAGGUUAUUACUAGUUUAUUCAUUAAGUAGCUUAUAUGUGUCUAAUUAUGUGCAAAAAGAUCAUUAUAAACGAGAGACUAAUAAAACACAAGAAUGACUUAUAAACCUACCCUUCUCUAACAAAAAAAUCAUCCCAACAUUUUAUAAUUGUUCAAAUUGUAAUGAAAAGUUGAUUAAAAAAAAACAAACUUUACUAUGUCUAUGUUAUCGUGAUUUUACAAUGUUUUAUUAUGUAAUUAAGUACAAAUUAUGUUUAGCCUGUACAUUUCUCUUUGUUAUGUUAUAUUAGACAUGUUGUAUGAGUGAAUGUUACAUAAAGUACAUAUUUAUUAUGA